GCUUGGCGAAGACAGGGAAGGGAUAGCCGGGGCUCCGGCUCUUCGAGUUGGCUGCUCCUUCGGGCACUGCUACGCGGACGUGAAGUCCGCAGGGCGGGUGGCCCUAUCCUGGGUGGCACUCUCAGCUGCGGGCCGAGGCGACAUGAGUGCUGCGGGGCUGUUAGCUCCAGCUCCGGCCCCGGCUGGCGCGCCGCCGGCUCCGGAGUACUACCCCGAGGAGGACGAAGAGCUGGAGAGCGCCGAGGACGACGAGCGCAGCUGCCGGGGCCGCGAGUCGGACGAAGACACUGAGGAUGCUAGCGAAACUGACCUGGCAAAGCAUGAUGAAGAAGACUAUGUAGAGAUGAAGGAACAGAUGUAUCAGGAUAAACUGGCUUCUCUCAAGAGACAGUUGCAACAGCUGCAAGAAGGUACGUUACAGGAAUAUCAGAAGAGGAUGAAAAAGCUCGACCAGCAGUACAGAGAGAGGCUGCGCAACGCAGAACUCUUCCUCCAGCUGGAAACUGAACAAGUGGAAAGAAAUUACAUCAAAGAAAAGAAGGCGGCAGUGAAGGAAUUUGAAGACAAGAAGGUUGAGCUGAAAGAGAACCUGAUUGCCGAGCUAGAAGAAAAGAAGAAAAUGAUUGAAAAUGAAAAGCUAACGAUGGAACUGACUGGAGAUUCUAUGGAAGUGAAACCCAUCAUGACCAGAAAGUUGCGGAGGCGACCAAAUGAUCCUGUCCCCAUCCCAGACAAGAGGCGAAAACCUGCUCCUGCCCAGCUAAACUAUUUGUUAACAGAUGAACAGAUCAUGGAGGAUCUGAGAACGUUAAAUAAGCUGAAGUCACCCAAGAGACCAGCAUCCCCGUCCUCUCCCGAACACUUGCCCGCCACACCUGCAGAGUCUCCAGCCCAGAGGUUUGAAGCUCGGAUAGAAGAUGGCAAACUGUACUAUGAUAAAAGAUGGUACCACAAGAGCCAGGCCAUCUAUCUAGAGUCAAAGGACAACCAGAAAUUGAGUUGUGUGAUCAGCUCUGUCGGAGCCAAUGAGAUCUGGGUGAGGAAGACAAGCGACAGCACCAAGAUGAGGAUUUACUUGGGCCAGCUUCAGCGCGGGCUCUUCGUGAUCCGCCGGAGGGCACUGGAUGAAUUACCAAAUUCAAACUGUUUCCUGCAAGUGGUAACUUGGAUAAAGUUUGGUCCAGACAAUUCCAAUCAAGAACCUAUACAUGUGUUAAUCUGAUCAAGAACCUGUAUGUGUGUUACUCUGUUCAAGAAGCUGUAUGUGUGUGAUUCUGAUCAAGAACCUUUACAUGUGUUUCGUUCAAGGCAUCAGCCUCAGGUAUUACACAGUGUUUGCUAUGGGUGUGGCCUAAUGUUUAUUUUACCUCCACUUGGGGGUUGUUGUGUGCUUCCCUCAACUCCCUCUCUAAGCCAGUGUCCUCUUGAACAGUUUCCAGAUUUCUGUAGCCAUACCAAAGUCAGGAUGUUUUCAUUCAUUCGGAUACCAGUAUUUAUGGAAGUCUAACUACCUAACUUACCUUAAGGUUUGAAAAAAAAAACUUCAGACUGGGGCCAGUGUAAGAUCCCAGAGGCUGGUCUGCAAAUCAGGCUACUUGUAUUGGUGUGUAAGACCCUGCAUUUAGGACUGGGUGACUUUUCUAAGAGAAAUAUGGG